UGAAAAUUGGAAAAUACAACUCAUUUUCAUGUCGUUGUUUGCUUCUUAUCCAUAAUCCGAGCAAGUAGGUCAUUUAUGUCCGCCCGGAUCCAGUUUAGUGCUUUGAUCCAGCUCCACCAUCACACUAAGCUAAACCCCAGCUUAAUCUUCUACUGCUUCCAUGGGUAUGCUUCUCUCUGAUCAUUCUUGAUCCACACCUUUCUACUGCUUUUUCUUAAGCUUCUGCAUUUUCCCAGCUACCUUUUUCUGAAUCGAUUGGGGCAGUUGGGUACACUUGAAUACACACGAAAAUGUCUUUUAGAAGCAUAGUUCGUGAGCUGAGGGAGAUGAAAGAUGGGAUUGGAAGCAUGUCGAAGAGAGUGAGUGAAGGGAAGCACUGGCGAAGUAGAACUAGGUCACAAAUCGCCAUUGUUCCUGACGAAGCACCAUCCUCAACUCCCUCCAUUCCUCAGUCUCGGUGGGCAAAUUUGCCACCUGAAUUGCUUUUAGACAUUUUGAGAAGAGUUGAGGAUAGUGAGACCUCAUGGCCAGCUCGAGCUGUUGUUAUCUUCUGUGCCUCAGUUUGUAGAUCUUGGAGAGACAUUAUAAUUGAGAUUGUCAAAACUCCUGAGCAAUGUGGACGAAUCACGUUUCCAAUCUCAUUGAAGCAGUCGGGUCCUCGCGAGUCUCCAAUACAAUGCUUCAUUAGAAGGGAUAGAGCAACUUCUACAUACUAUCUGUACUUGGGUCUGGUGCCUUCUGAGAGCGAGAGGCAUAAGUUGUUGUUAGCAGCCAAAAAGAUUAGAAGGACAACAAACACGGACUUUGCUAUAUCUUUGGUGGCAGAUGAUUUUUCCCGGACCAGCACUAAAUAUGUUGGUAAACUCAGGUCCAAUUUUUUGGGUACCAAGUUCACCAUAUACGACAGCCUGCCACCAUGUAAUGCUCCUGUAGUUCAACCAAGUAACCAAUCAAGUCGAAGGUUCCAUUCUAAGCACCAGCCUCCAAGAGUACCGUCCUGUAAUUACAGCGUUGGAAGUAUCUCUUAUGAGCUUAAUGUUCUCCGAACAAGAGGUCCACGGAGAUUACAUUGUGUCAUGCACUCCAUUCCUGGCUCUUGUAUUAAGGAGGGAGCUUCUACCCCAACACCGACACAAAAGCCAUUGUCGCAUGCCUCUAACGAGCAGUAUUCUUCUCCCUUACUGAGCAUAAAGGGAAAGGAGCCAGCCACAGAGUUCAGCUCCACAAGCUUGGCAAAGAUGCCAUCAUCGGUUCAGGGUGAAGAAGAACCUCUAAUUCUGAAAAACAAGGCUCCAAGAUGGCAUGAGCAACUUCAAUGUUGGUGCCUCAAUUUUAAAGGACGUGUUACUGUGGCAUCUGUCAAGAAUUUUCAGCUAGUCGCAGCUGUUAAUCCGUCGCACAACAUAUCAGAUGCAGAGCAAGAGAGGGUGAUCCUGCAGUUUGGAAAGAUUGGAAAAGACAUCUUCACCAUGGAUUAUCGCUAUCCCCUCUCUGCAUUCCAAGCUUUUUCAAUCUGCUUGAGUAGCUUUGACACUAAACCAGCAUGUGAAUGAUGCUCUAGUUUGCUGGACGUCUCACUCAUAAUUUGAUCAAAGUUUGCUCUAUAGAAUGGAACUUUGUCAUCCAUGGCCUUCCACUGCUUAGAAACGUUGGUAUGCUUGUGGGCAGACAUGUUUCGCUCUGCAUCUUAUCAUGUGUUACGAGUUGUAUGUUGUAUUAUCUUGGGUUAUAACUGAAAUCUGGAUGUAAGUGAAGGGUAUUUAUUUAUAAUGUGGUGAUUCCAAUUGAAUCUUUUACUGUUUUAAACAUGCACUAUUCUGGACCUGUAACUUUAAAGUGCUAUGCUCAUCUGUUAAAACGCAGAAGUUCAUUACAUUAAA